AUGGCGAUCAUCCGAUUUCCUUGCUUAAAUGGCAACACAAAAAAGUUUAGCAAGCUGCAUUCACCUUGCAACACAAAACAAUCCCAAGUGCCAAAAGGACAUUUUGCAGUCUACGUUGGCAGGAUCCAUAAAACGCGAUUUGUUGUUCCCAUAUCGGUUUUGGAGCAUCCGUUGUUUCAAAGCUUGUUACGCCAGUCGGAAGAGGAGUUUGGAUUUGAACAUUCCAUGGGAGGCGUAACCAUUACAUGCUCUGAAGAUACUUUCAUCGACAUCACCUCAAGAUUGCUUUUUCAAGACCAUAAGAAGGGAAAAUGGUUAUAG